UUAUUAACUUUAAACAUGGUGUUUUCUUGUUGUGUUGCAUCUUGCAAAGAAACUAACAAAACUGCAAAAAUGCACGUGUUUCCAAAAUACGAUAUGGUAUGUAUCUUAGAUAAAAGAAAAAAUAUAUGGUAUGUAUUCGUUGUUUGAUUUUUUUUUCGUUUGCUUUAAAAUCUAUAAAUCUCGGUCUAUUCAUUAGACAGCCAGUCGACUUACGAUCAUUUACAUGAAACUCUGCGUACCUACGUACCCACAUAUAUGUAGGAAGUCGGAUUCUAGCUGAGAUCCAUUGAAGCUCCAUUUAUAAAAACUAUCGAGACUGGUACUCUAACCGUCCGCAUGUGUACGAGAACAGGGGCGGCAGGUGAAACGCGGGUACUUCGUACGAAACGUACGGAGUCGACUGGCUACCUAAUUAAUAGGUUUUUCUAUAAAUAUGGUAAUGUUUUACAUUUGCUUUAACUAAUCUUAUUUUUAGUUAUAUAACCUAUGGCUCAAGCAAGUUAACAAUUCCAAACUGUUCUUCCUGGACAAGACACUUGUUCGAAAGAACUAUAGAGUAUGUCAUAUUCAUUUUCCUGAUAGUGACAAAAUUAUUGGUCUACGUGGUGCCAAUUUAAAAGCAUUUAGUUUUCCAUCAUUGUAUUUAUUACCUACAACGGAAGACUGCAGUCCAGUGAAAAAAAGUGAAAUCCCAUCUAGCUCAGGAAAUGAUAAGCGGUUAAUUGGUGUAGAAGAUUCGAGUUCUGAACCAUCUGAUGAUUUGACUUUCGCAAAUAUAAGAACCACUUCAGCGUCAAAACAAUUAUCCAAAAGAAGUAACAUUCUUCAAACUUUGAAAGUUAGAAACAGACUGGAAUUACCACCAAAAGCAAGAAAGCUUCAUGGAGUAGUGAGGCAGUUAAGAAAAACCGCUAAACGCUUAUUUACUAAAGGUGUUAGUUUAAAAAAGCGUUUGAAUGAAGCUAAUAAAUUUAUAUCAUCGCCAGGUUAUUUAGCCUUGAAACUAAAUAAAGUCACACAUAAUUUUGUUAGAAUGCAAUUAAAGCAACAGAAUGUAAAACCUAAAGGAAGAAGAUUUACAUAUGAAGAUAAAUUGUUUGCUUUGACUUUAUUUAAAAAUAGUCCAAAAGGAUAUCGACUGUUAUGUAAUUUUUUUGCUUUGCCUACACCUAGAACCUUAAAUAGUUUACUCAGAAUGGUUUCCUUAGAGAGUGGAAUAAAUAAAGUGCUAUUUGAUAGCUUAAAAGAACACGUUUUAAAAAUGAACUCCUUAGAUAGGUACUGCACUGUAAUAUUUGAUGAAGUUGCAUUAGAACCAGCUUUAGUGUAUCUAAAGAAAAAAGAUUAUUUUAUAGGAUUUCAAGACAAUGGUGCAAACGAAAGAUUGCCUUUAUUUGCAGAUAAAGCGAUGGUUUUUAUGGCACGAGGCAUUCAUAAAAAGUGGAAACAACCGCUUUGCUAUUUUUUCAACGCUGGAGGGAUGAAAUCUGAUGUUUUAGCAAAUUGUAUUAAGUUGGUGAUUACUGAAUGUAAGUCCAUAGGGCUGAAAGUAAUAGGAACUGUAUGUGACCAGGGUAGUGCAAACAUAAAAGCAAUCAACCUCUUAUAUGAGGAGACCAAGAAUAUUGAUGUUGAGAGAAGCAAUUAUUUUGGAUUUCUUGUUGAUGGAGAAGAAGUUGUCCCAUUUUAUGACCCGCCUCAUUUAUUGAAGGGAAUUCGAAAUAACCUUUUCACAUAUAAUUGUCGUUUCAAAUGGCGCAACAACAAAAUUGAAACAGCAUCUUGGACAGACAUCCGAACGUUAUAUGAGCUGGAAGAGAAAGAGGAAGAUUAUAAAAUGUGCACUAAAUUAACUGAUAUUCAUGUACAUAAUAAAAAGAAGAUGAAAGUCAGUAUUGCUGCCCAAGUAUUCAGUCAGCGGGUAGCUUCCUUAAUGCGUGGUUUAGCGAGAUUAGGGCCUCAGCAUAUGCCACCUAGUGGUUUGGAAACAGCGGAGCUCCUAUUAUUUAUGGACAAGGCCUUUGACAGUCUGAAUGGCGGGGCAAUAUUUAACAAAAGUGGAAAAGAGUUGCAACGUGCUGUUUCCGAUACCACAAAACAUGAAGAGUUUUGGAAGGAAGCAAUUGAAGUUUUCAACUCCAUGGAAUUUUUCAAUGAUAAAAGAAAAAGAAUUCUGCCUCCGUCAAUAAAAAAUUGGUGUCACACACUAAAAGCUUUUCUGUACAUAUGGCCUAAAUUAAAAAAUGACGGAUUUAAAUUUUUAUGCUCCAGAAAUAUUAAUCAAGAUCCUCUGGAAAAUUUCUUCGGAAGAAUUAGAAGCCACGGAUCACGGAAUGUCUAUCCCACAUGCUACUCAUUUGUUGCAUCAUUUAAAACUAUUAUGUUGGGUUCCAUUGUUUCGUUAAGCCAAAAUUGUAAUUGCGAAGAAGAUGGAACAGUAAUGCUUCACAAUUUAAAAAAGCUAAUUAUUAGAGAACAUAUUCAAUAUCCCAUACCGUUAGAAAAUCUUAUUGAAGGCAUUACUGUUCCUAAUACCAUCAAUUAUUCAUUAGUUAAAAAUGGAACCUUAACGUACAUAGCGGGAUAUAUUGGGAAAAGAAUUUUAAAGCUGGUAAAAGGUUGUGAUAAAUGUAAAGCAGAUUUAAUUGGCGACUUAACAGAUUUAAAUAGCGAAGACAAAUUCGUUAUAAGAAGUAGAAGUUUUCGGAUAAAUAGUUUACUCGCUCCUACCACAAAUUUUAGCAAAAUAUUUAAAAAAUGUAUAUAUAUCUUAGAAAAUACUGUCCCACGGAUAUGUCAUAAAAAUAAUAUUGGUAGCAUUUUAAAAUUUAUAAUAUUAACAAAUAUUAACAGCUUGCUAAAUUGUACUCAACAUGACACUUUAGAUAUGGUUAUUUCUUUCAUUGUUGAUUUUCAUUUAAAUACUUGGACAAAGAGAGUUAACAAAAUUUUAAAGGGUAAAAUACAAUGUACUAGUAGUAGUGACCCUAUUAAAAUACUAGCUAGGAAACAAUUUCUAAAACACAAAUCUUUUUCUUUAAAAAUGCGAAAUACUUAAUUGGUCAGAGUUUAUCCAGUAGGUUUAGAUCAAUUUUAGAUUGUACAUAUUUUAAAUCAUUUCUCAACUUGUGAUUUUUUUGCAAAUUUUAUAUUAAGAGUCUA